UCUCCGUCAGUCCGCUCUGAGGCUCUCGCUGAUCGGCUGUGCAUCUUUUCUCCUCCGCGGAUCCGGAUUCUUUCAGGAUCAGUUCUCGGUGUGUUUGCUGCUCGCGCACAGUCCGACGCAGCACGUGCGACCUGAACGCGGAGACCUGCGGGAUUUUCCACCGGUGUUCAUGUCUCAGCUGUGAUACAGGGAAUCCUCCUCCUCCUCCUCCUCCUCCUCCUCCUCCUGCUCCAGGACUUGGCCCUUGGCCCUGACACUGUUUACGUUUCCAUGGAAACCCUGGCCUCUGCUUUUUGGGCCCGUGACCCCUGUGACCUCAGCGACCUCGGGGAGAAGCCGUCCUCUGUGUGGGACUCUCAGUGUGUUUUCAACAGUUCUCCACCUGCUGGUCUGAUGUGGACCGAGCAGCUCUCUCCUCACCUGCAGAGGAACAAACAGCUCCAGGACACUCUGCUGCAGAGAGAGGAGGAACUGGCCCGGCUGCAGGAGGAGAACAACAAACUUAGAGAGUUCCUCAACUCCUCCUUUGUGAGGAACCUGGAGAAAAAGGCAAAGAAUCUAACCGCUGAUGGGAGGAGGAAGCUGAAGAGAAACCUGAUGUUCGCAGACGACGGACCUUUCCAGAGCUGCAGUCAUCAACUCCUGACCUCCCAGCAGGUCAGCAAGAGAGUCUGCAGGAACCUCACUGCCGAGUUCUGCUCCGAGUCCUCUGAGACAUCUCCCUCCUCAGAACCAAACCUGGACCUGUGGGUUCUACGAACAUUGGGACUGAAGGACAGAGACACCAUCGAUACGUCGUCCUCCUCCUCCUCUUCACCUGGAUACAGUCUCAGCAGUUUAGUUUAUGAUGCCGCAGUCAGCUCUUCCUCGUCCUCUGAAUACUCUCUCAACUCCUCUUUUGGCCCUUCGGACACCACUUCUACGCCAUCCUCUGUGCACAGCUACCGCCAAAGAUUGACACAUCAGACUGAGUAUGGGUACACUGCUGCCAAACACCAAGAAGAUAAUUUUGCUAAUCCUGCCAAGUCGCCUCAGAACUGCACAACUUCUCCAGGUCAACAAGUAGCUGGACCGUGUGAAGGUCCUGAAGCUGUGAUCAGGAGCUACAACAUACUAACUGCCUUCCAGUCGCCACCAGAAGAACUGCCAUUCACCCCGUCACAAGACAGAUCAGAGAUUUGCUCCUUCGUAGCCUCGAGUCGAGUGCAAACUCCAGUUAAACAUCCUGCCUACUGGUCUCCACUGAGAGUCACCCGGACCCCAUCACAGGACAAAAUCCACUUCAGUCCAGCAGGAGAAAGACUCCCUUUCUCUCCCAUCUUGUCAUCAACUCCCGUCAUGAACCAGCAAUGCCCAAUAAGUCCAGCAGCGGGAUCUCAGCCUCCUGCCACGCCUCAGACACCUCGCUGCCGGACAGAUUUGGCAUUCAGUAUGUCCCUCAGCCCGUCCAGCAGCGUCAAGACCCACAGCUUCCCCCAGGGACAAGCCUUUGUCAGAAAGGACACAGAGGGAAGGUGGAACUUCACCUGGGUGCCAAGACAAGGACCAUAAGUCCUUGCUGACCUCAAAAGGACCUCAGAAAAGAUUUCCAAUUUGGUGUUGUUAACUGAGAAGUGUUCUUUGGCCAAACUUUUAGGACUACAAGUCCACACUGAACUUGUUGCUGACUUCUUAGACUUCGUUCUGGGUUCUUGGUGCUGAUUUUACAAGACAAUGCAAGUCCUUAAAAGACCCUCAGUCCAUACAGACAGUUAUCAAAGACCUCGACAAGAUCGAGUGCGGUGGAAAUUAUUUCUCCUCCGAUAAUUUGCCUUUUGUUUGUUCUUAACCCUAAAAUCAAUGAGAUGCUCAUUCAGACGUUAAAAUAGCUGUGUUGGAUUUUGUGAGUUUUUUGGGAGAAUUUCUGGGGCCUAAAACACGGCAGCUUUUCUAAAAAUGAAUGCAUGUCGCAAUGUUUUUAAACAUUCGUUAAAAGUCGAAGGCAACUUGUUCCAGGAGAAUGAAAUCGAACUGUUUGGAGGAUAAAUGUGUGGAGAUGCAGCGAUACCAGUAUCAGGCACCUGAUGCCUCCCUGGUAGCAGGAGAUGUUUUAAACAACUUUUACAACAACAUUUAAUUUGUUACAGUCAGAAAGAUGAUGAACAUCUGAUUAAAAUUAAACAUUUAAAGUACUUAUAUUGAUGCAUCUUCACAACAAGAAACCAGUAUGUGAGUUUUGGCUCUACGUCUUGCACAGAAAGGAUGCAGAGAUUGGACAAAGUUGCGCAGAAUUCACAGCGAUUGGUUCAAUUUGUGUUAAUUGUUUGUUGAUUGUAACUUCCUGGAUGAGCUGUUUUAGGAUGUGUGAACUGUGGGAGUUAUGGAUCAUUGUAGGUUUGUAGCUAAUUAAAGCCAACUGACAGUGAGUGUAACAUUGAACAUUAACACGACUGCCUAAAAUUGUUGUUCAUAUGCUGAGGUUUUUGGUUUUUUAUUUAGUUUGUGAAACUGCCACAUAAAAUAUCAGUAAUGCCCCGUGUGCCGCUUUGUGUCCCUUACUAUAUUUAUAAAGUACAAACUGGUGCCACCAGAAAGCGAUAACUGCCUCACGAUAUCAGACAAUGAAUGCACUGGUAUUAGCAUAUAGCUACCGGAGGGGCCUGUGCCCCGUCAGCAUCAGAUGCUGUAUUCGGUCUUGUUGUGCUGUUUACUGGGAGCUUCCAGUCCACAAAUGUAACACACAUUCAGCACUAUAAGACACUGCGACAAGUCCCUCGUCUCUGCUUCCUGUUUCAUGUGGACUUUAAAAGAAGCUAAAAAUGAGAAAAAGACAAACAAUGUGAUUUUAAAGCUGCCACCAAUCGGUUGGGUGGAUAUUUGUCACUGCCGUUGUUCCUAACCCUGUUUUUAAAACACCUGCUAAUUGCUACAGAUUAGUACAAAUGAGUUUUUAAAUAUUUACACUAAUAAUAAUCAAACAUAUGAUUGGAUACUAACAGUAGCAUUCUAGCUAGUAGCAUGUUAGUGAUCUAGCUAGCUUGCUAACUAAACACAAAGCACUUUUAACACCAUUUAAUCAUUUUGUUUGUGAGGAAUUCACAUUUUAGCACCUAAUUAAAGAUUUCUCAUCCUGUGAGUGUUUCAGAAACACCAACCUCUGUUUCCAGCUUCAUGACGAUAAUCCAAAAGGCUUUUUAAGCAUUUAUGUAAAACAAAGGAGAAUUUUCUCAACCCAUAUUCGGCUAAUUCAACAUUGAAAUGUGAAUAAUAUAUAUUUUUACACAAAUUCUUGUCAACAACUUUUUAUUCUAAUUUUCCACAACUUUUAAUAACAACACAUAAAGUUGUACCAGGGAAUUAACACAGCAGAGUAAACUCAUAACUUAAUGUUUUUAAAAUCUAUAUUAUUUAAACCAAAGUAGGUUUCACUAUGAAAGAUAUUGUUUGUUCUACAUGUUUCACAUCCGUCAUUUGUCAUUAAUUUCACAUAAAGAAAAUUAACAUUAUACAUGAAUGAAUGAAUUGAGCAUGUGCUUUAUUUUAAUUGUAAAUUAUUUGUAAAAUUGUUGUUUUCAGUUCCGAUGUUAAGCUCACACAUUCCUACAUGUGAACGCUCCUUUGUUAUUAAUAUGAGAAUUUCAGGGUAUUUUUUGUUGCCAUAAAUGCUGGUGUAACAGGGCUCACAAAUAAUGUAGUAUAAAUAUUUAAUUCAUACUAACCCAGCAGCUGGUUGUGUUCACUGACGGUUGUUGUAACGUCUUUAUAUUAACGUGUACAGAAUGUAAACUAACAGGAAAAAACUGAUUCACA